AUGGAAUGGAAACUGCUGCUGACAGUCCUGCCCUGGCUGCUCAUCUGCAAGAUACUCUACAAGGUCGAGGACUUCACGGAGCGGGAUGUCGUCUAUCGCAGCCUGGACUAUCACCCCGAGGACUAUAUCGACUCCUUUACCAGCCUCCAACAGUAUGACUACUUUCAGUACUAA